AUGGCUCGUAAUUCAGGUCGUCGUCCAGCUGCCAGACCAGCCGCCAGACCUUCAGGCUUUGGCACCAGAUCUACUCACAGUUCUGCUCCAGCUCAGGCUGCUGUUCCAGCUGUCUCCAGAGCUGUUCCAGCUCCUUCUGCUGCUUCCCAUCCUCCCGUUGCUGCUCAACCCCAACAACCCGGAUUGUUUGCUCAAAUGGCUUCUACCGCUGCCGGAGUAGCCGUUGGUUCCAGUGUUGGCCAUGUUAUUGGUGCUGGUAUUUCUGGCUUGUUUGGAGGCUCUUCUUCUGCUCCUGCUGCCGAACCACAACAAGCUGCUCCACUAACAAGCUUUUCCAACUCAUCCCCUUACGAAUCCGAAUCAAACAAGGCCUGUGACACUGAUGCCAGAUCUUUUACUAAAUGUUUAGAUGAAAACAAUGGAAACAUGCAAAUAUGUGAUUGGUAUUUGCAACAAUUAAAGGCUUGCCAGGCUGCUUCAAAACAAUAUUGA